AUGGCCGACCAGGAACUGAAAUGGAAGAUUCCUGAGAAGAGAGAGUUCCUCGGCGGUGACCUGGUCGCUCAGAGCCUCGCUCAACUGGGCGUCGAGGUCUCGUUCGGUCUGCACGGAGGCCAUCUUGACGCCUUCUUGAUCGGCUGUCAAUUGGCCGGCAUCAGACUCAUUGACAGUCGACAUGAGACCACGGCCGUCCAGGCCGCAGAGGGAUAUGCUAAACUCUCGGGCAAAGUGGGAUGUUGCUUUGUGACGGCCAACAGCGGUUUCUCCAAUGCUCUCCCGGGUCUCGCCACAGCGUUUGCUGACCGCUCGCCAAUCUUCAUGGUCACGUCGUCGCCACCGCUGCGCGAGGCUGAGACGAACUCCCUCCAGGGAUUCCACGACCAGGUGGUCCUGGCCAAGCCACUGACCAAGUUCGCGCACCGGGUCACCACGGUGGAAGAGAUCCCGCGCAUCGUCAGCUACGCGUACAAGACGGCCACGUCGGGGAUCCCGGGUCCUGUGGUUAUCGACUUCCCCAUCGACAUCCUCUUCCACCCGCCGAGGAUGAACGCGCUGUCCUAUGGCUCCGUUACGCGCCCGACGGCGGUGUCGCCGGCCCCAGACCCGGCCGCUGUCGACGAACUCAUCGCCCUCUGGAAGGCCGCGAGCCGGCCCGCCAUCGUCGUGGGCACGGGCGCCGCGCGCACCACGAACCGCGACUCUCCCAAGACCAGCCCGCUGCUCCAGCUGGCCGAAGCCACCAACACACCCGUCUUCUACUCGCAAAAGUACACCCCGUCCAUCCCCUUCGACCACCGGCUCCGCGGCGGCAGUGCCAGCGUGCUAGCCGGUGUGCGCUUUGCCAAGCAGCAGCAGGCAGACUUUGUACUGCUACUAGGCGCACGCACGGGGUUCCUGCUCGGCGGGCGGUCGGGCGCCAUCGUCCCCAACUCGGACUGUAAAUUGGUGCAGGUCGACCUGGACGGUGGGGAGAUUGGCAAGUCGCACGCCGUGGACCUGGGGAUCGUGGCCGACGCACCCAAGUUCAUCAGCGCGGUGCUGGACAAGCUCCAACAAAACCCGCUGGAGCAGAAGCACGAGUCCUGGAUAGAAGCGAUCCACGCCGUCAAGACCAUGACGCGGUACGCCGGCGACGCGGUCGUGCGGCCGGACGGCCGGCUGCACCCCUACUUUGCCAUGCAGACCAUCAUGGAGUCGCUGCCGCCGGACGCGAUCGUCAUCAUGGACGGCGGCGAGGCGGGCGUAUGGGCCAUGGACCACCUGGAGCGGGCGCGACCGGCCACGGGCAUCGUGGCGACGGGGUACCUGGGCUUCCUGGGCAACGGGUGGGGGUACUCUCUCGGGGCGGCGCUGGCGUGCCCGGACCGGCUGGUGGUCAACGUGCACGGCGACGGCAGCGCCGGGUUCCACAUCCAGGAGCUCGACACGUACGCACGCCACGACCUCAACGUCCUCACCGUCGUCUUCAACAACUUCUUCUGGGGCAUGUCCGUCGCGGGCCAGGACCUGCUGUACUCGGACGCGGACCCCACGCGCGCCGUCUCCAGUCUCUCCCCGAGCUGCCGCUACGAUCUCGUCGCCCAGGGCUUCAACUGCCGCGGCGCCAUUGCGCAGGCCUCUCUCGACGAGAUCCGCGACGCCAUCAAGACCCUCGCAGCCCCUGUCACCACUGGCGCCAGUGGCGAGAAGCAAUCCCGUGCCGGCCUCCUCAACUGCAUCGUCUCGCGCGACCCCAUCACCGAAGUCACAAAGGGCAUGGUCGGCAAGACCGACGACAAGAACUGGAUCGUCGUGCCGUACUACGACAACGUUCCCAAACCGUUUUACCGCGAGGAGGGGGACAAGAAUGGCGUUGCCAACGGACACUAA